AUUAUAUAAUCUAAACGAGGCCUAGAAUAGAACUCUAUACACUUUCUUACAGAGAUCUAGGGAGGAAAUCCACCUUCUAAAACUUAUAACCAAGAAAGAAAAUAAUAAUAAUUAAUGGAAAGGAAAAGAAAAGGGCAUUUUGUUGGGUGUUACAGCACAUUGUUCGCCCCAAUUUCCUCUAGACCAUCCAAAUCUCUCAGAAAAGCUCCCUAAUAAAUAAAAUUUACAAACCAACAUUUCCAUUUCCCCUCCAUCUCUCAUCUCAUCCCUCUCUCUAUUUUCAAUUCUCCAAUUCACAUCCGAUCCGAUCCCCUCUGAGAUCUCCACCGCCAGAGCCACCACCAUGGUCCGCUGUCUGUUCACAUGCUUCGGCAAGAGCGACGGGGGCGGCGCCACAGCAAUCACAAACGACAGAGCAACGGCGGAGGUAACGGCGGAGGAGCAGCAGGGGCGAGGCGGCGGCGUUGUAGUGGAGCUAUUCACAUCGCAGGGAUGCGCAACGUCGCCGGAAGCGGAAGUUCUAUUGUCGAGAUUAGGGAGAGGAGAUUUCGAAUUGGAGGCGCCGGUGGUGGUAUUAAGUUACCAUGUGGAUUAUUGGGAUUAUAUGGGAUGGAAAGAUCCGUUCGGGCAUAGCCAAUGGACGGUGCGGCAAAAGGCUUAUGUGGAGGCGUUGGGGCUUGAUACAAUGUUUACGCCUCAGGUUGUGGUCCAAGGACGGCUUCAGGCUGUUGCUACUGACCAAACUAGUUUGUUAUCUAUGAUUAAAGAUGCCCCUACAUACCCCUCUCCUACUUUCCAGGCGACUUUCCAGAGGCCAACAACCGACAGCCUGCAAGUUACACUAACCGGAGCACUGAGGACGAAGGUGGACAGCGACGGCGCAAACGUGAUGGUAGCGCUGUACGAGAGCGGCCUGGUCACCGAUAUCCCCGCCGGCGAAAACAAAGGCCGAGUUCUGGCCAACGAUUUCGUCGUAAGAAAACUCGAAAAGCUCUGUUCCGUCAAAGACGCAUCCGCCAAAAAAACCGUCUCCGGCACCGUCGCUUUCUCUCUCUGGGAAACCUUCGACGGCUCCAAAUGCGGCGUCGCCGUCUUCGUUCAGAACAAUUCGCAUCAUAUUUUCGGUUCUCAGAGCUUUAAAUUGCCCGACGAUAUAUGAAAUUCCGCCGAAAUUCGACUGUGUAUCGACUUCCUUGGAGCUUAUCAAUGGCGGCCGGUUUUAGUUCCGGACACGAUCACUUGUGGUGGCCGUUUUUAUGUACAGGAUGUGUUAAACUGCUUGGUAGAAUUUGUUGUUUUAAUUUCUUUUCUUCAUCCUUAUUUCUUUAAAUAGCUGUUUUGUGAUUUUUGGCUGUGAUUCCUUUUAUUACUACUAUAUACAUUUUUUUAAAAAAGGGUAUUUUUUAAAUUUUUAUGUGGGAGACUGAAUACAUAUUCUAAUUGAGAAA